AUGUUCCGCCGAGCCCUGACCCUGUUCGGGCAGGGGGGUGGGUUCUCGGGCCGUCUGCCACGGCCCACUGGGACGAGGGGUUCCCGCGCACGCUCGAGUGGUACCAACAAUUCUGGGCCUAGUUCAGCCCGCACUGGCUCCCUCCUGGGCGGCUUGCUAGAGGCGGGGCUGGCCUCUGGGGGCCUGUCCCUGCUGGGAGACCUGCUGGCCCAGCACCUCACCUCCCCAGCCGGCCUGAAGCUGCACGCCAUCGACUGGCCUCGAUCCGUUCGCAUCGCGUCCUUUGGCUUCCUCCUGUACGGCCCGUACCAGUACUGGUGGUACGGGGCCCUGGCCAGGUCCUUCCCCACACGCAGCCUGCCGCACUUCCUCUCCAAAGUGGCCGCCAACCAGCUGAUCCUGGGGCCCAUCGUCGUCAGCGCCAUCUUUGCCUGGAACCUGGGCCUCCAGGGCCAGCUGAGCAACCUGCCCUCCAAGCUGUCCAACGACUUUGCCACCACGGUCGUGAAUGGCUGGAAGUUCUGGGUGCCCGCGGCCAGCAUCAACUUCUUCGCCAUACCGCUGCAGCACCAACUGCACGCCAUCGACUGGCCUCGAUCCGUUCGCAUCGCGUCCUUUGGCUUCCUCCUGUACGGCCCGUACCAGUACUGGUGGUACGGGGCCCUGGCCAGGUCCUUCCCCACACGCAGCUUGCCGCACUUCCUCUCCAAAGUGGCCGCCAACCAGCUGAUCCUGGGGCCCAUCGUCGUCAGCGCCAUCUUUGCCUGGAACCUGGGCCUCCAGGGCCAGCUGAGCAACCUGCCCUCCAAGCUGUCCAACGACUUUGCCACCACGGUCGUGAAUGGCUGGAAGUUCUGGGUGCCCGCGGCCAGCGUCAACUUCUUCGCCAUACCGCUGCAGCACCAAGUAUGGUACAUGUCGGUGUGUGGCCUGCUCUGGGUCACCUACCUCUCCUACUCUGCGACUCACAAGCAGUCGCCUCUGGCGCCCAAGAUGGCGUGA